CACGUUUUAUUUGUGUUAGUUUGUGAAUGUUCCUCAGAGAUAGGUUGUUAGGACAAAAUGAAUGAAGAAAAAAACAAUAAUAAAGAAGCAGAAGGUGCUCAGUGGUAAGAGAAGCAACAAAAUAAAGAACAUCCAAAGACGGUCAUUAAUAAAGCUAAAGUAAAAGGUUUAGAACAUAAGAAUCAUAAGAAGAAACUAAUAACACAAAAAGUAUUAGAAGAUGAUUGUAGGUAGAUUUGCUUUGACUAAUGUUAAAUAUUAUUUUUAUUUACUGCUUUACUUCUUUUUAGAUGCAAUGUUUUCAAAACGUUUCGAUUAAAGAACGUGAACACUGUUUUACCGAAUUCUAUAAAAUGCAUGACAAAAACGAACAAGACGCAUACUUGGCUGGCCUAAUAACAAUCAAUAAUAUAAACAAACACAAAAGGCGGAAUCGAGUAAACAAUAAACCACUUUGUGCUUCAUAUUCAUACAAGGUGCGAUGUUUUAAUACAGAAAAGAUGGUUUGUGUCAAAGCAAUUGCCAGCAUUCAUGCAGUUACAUUGCCCCGCCUAAAAAGAAUUCAGUUGUGCAUCCAGAGAUAUGAGGGGCAAACAUACUUGCCACCCUAGAAACUAUAGCAAAGAAGCUACUAUCCUCAUUAUAAAUCAUAUAUGUACAUUUUUUACUUAUUGCCAAAAAAUCCAAAUCAGCUGUACCUACCAUCCGAGUUACCAGUGAAAGAUAUGCACAAUACUUUUCUACAGGAGUACUACUUUAAUGUACUGGAAAAUCUUUAAAACUAAAUUUAAUAUUAAGUUUGGAUAUCCCCGUUCAGACACAUGUGCAGAAUGUGGCAAAUAUCAACAUACCUUGAGCAAUAAGAGCAUUCCGAGACGCCGAUAAGGCUUCUUGCAAAAUGCAAAAAAAAUUUCGUUUAAGAAAAGCUGCAGCAUUCACCAGCAAAAAACGUGCCUACAAAGAAUAAGCUAGAACAGGCGAAAUUUCUUGUAUUACUUUUGAUUUUAUGCAGAAUUUACCACUGCCACACAUUCCUUCCAAUCCAGUAUUUUUUUCAAGACGUGUUAGGAAUCCACGAUUUAAGUAUUACGGCAGUAACGAUGUAACAAUGUAUACUUACACAGAAGAUAUAGCAAAGAAGGGAUCCAUCGACGUUGCUUCUAUGUUAUUGAACUACUUUAAUACCAAUGAUGUAUCUAGAAAUUUGGUUUUGAUUAGUGAUGGC